AUGAUUGAACUGCAUCAUUAAAUGUUUUAAAGACUUAACGAUAAUAGCUCUAUAUUCUAUUCUACAGAUUCUGAGGAGGAAGAAAAGAAGAAAAAAGAGCAAUCAAAGCACGAUAAGCAUUUACUCGAGCCUGUGUACAAGAGGAUAACUCAACUUGAGAAGAUGAUUACUGAUUAGAAUAAAGAGUUAUCUCAAAUGUAGAGACUAGCAAAGUAGCAUCAUGGAAGCAUUCUACCAUCUCCAGGCAGAGGCAAGGGCUAAUUUAGUUCUAAAGGAUCUGGAGGUGUUAGGUUUAAAACUGAUGACGACUUUGAACUAUUCUAUAAUGAAAAAGGUCUCUUCAAUCAAAAUGAUAACUCAAAAAUUGGAGGAAGCUUCAUUGGAUUAAGACUAAAUUAAGUCGAUGAAGAUGAUAGAAGCCCUUCAAAUUUCCAUAAUGUUGUUGACAUGAACUCAGAAAUAUUUGAGAGAAGACUAUACAAACAUUUAUAUGAUAUGAGAAAAGACCUAUUAGAAAAGAUGAAUAAAAAACAAGAAGAACUAGACCAUAAAUUUUCAGUUGAAAUAGCUAAAAUCCAAAAUAUUAUUGACACUGAAUUAGGACUAGAAGAUGAAAAUGAUAUUAUGGAAGAAGAUGAUUCCGCAGAUUCUGAGAGCACUCCUAAAAAAAAGAGCAGUCAUAAAUCUGAGAGUUAAAGAGAUUAAUAAAAUGCAAUUAAUGUUGAGAAUUUUGAAGAUGAGAAGUAAGGUGCAAAUGAUAAUGAAGAAAAUCAAGCAGACCCUAAUAGCAAUCUGAAAUAGUAAAAGACAUAGGGUCUUAAUAAUCCGACAUUACCCCUAAGCUAACCAUCUAGUAAUAUAAAUGAUAGAGCAAAAGAUCAUAAAAAGAGUAUAAGAUCUUUAGAAAGAGCUAAUAUAAUCCAAAGAACACUAAAUGAGCUUGAGAGGAAAUUAGAUAUUGUUCAUAAAAUGGCAUCUAAGUUCAACGAUUAUUACGAUUCUAAUCAUCUAAGAAUAAAUUCAGUAUAAGAAAUAGUUAUCAAAUUAGAGAGUAUGGAAAAGGCAAUUGAUUAAAAAGCAAAUUCUCUUGAUCUUAAGAAAAUCAUGCCAAUCAUUCAUGAAUUAACUGAAAGUAUGCAGAAAAAGGAGGAUAGAUAUGCUGUCUAUGAAAAAGGUCUUUAACAGAUAGAGACUUCCUUUAAUAAUACACAAAAGUAGAAUAACUAUAAACUUUAAAUCUCAGAACAGAGAUAUGAUGCUAUUUAAAAGGAUAUUGGAGAUAUAAGAAAAGACAUUGAGAUUAAAUUUGGAUCAAAAAAUCUAUUGAACUUUGGAUUAUCAAGUUAAGAUACUUUAAUGAAAAAGGAAGUCAAAGAACAUAUAAAAAAAUAUGUUGAGGAUAGAAUCAACCAUGUUAUUGGUAUUUUCGAUAAUUCUAACAAGGAAACUCAUGCAGUACUUUCAAACCAUGAGGAGGUAAUUAAUUUGAAGGCUGAUUUGAAGCUUCUUGAAGAAACUCAUGAGAAAUUUAGUGUUUAACUAGAGAAGCACAUGUAAAGCUCAAAUAAGAAAUUUAUGGAUAAGGCAGAGACUAAGAAAACUUUUAAGAUGUUUGAAAAGUAGCUUAAAAACAUUUUUGAUAUAAUUCUAUCGAAGUUUGAAGAAUAAGAUCUGACUGAUGCAAUGCUUGCUAAGAAACCACUUGGAGGUUGGUCUUGUAUAUCUUGUCAGAAGAAUAUUACAAACAUGUCUGGAGCAAUUGCAGAGUAUUAAGUUUAAGGAAGAUUUCCUUGGAGAGAUCCCUAGGACAGACUUCAAAAAGUAGGUGCUGGAUUCUCUUAAAUGCUAUCUCGGAUGAGACCUGAAACUACUAUAAAUGAAUAAAGAACCUCAAAGUUAGGAGGAUUGGGUCAUAGUGCAUCUUAGUAAAAUUUGAGAUAAUCAAUUGGAACAGCAUAAUCAUCAAUAAUUAACCCUUCAUUUGCUUCCAAUACUGAUUUAGCCCCAGUUAUUAAAGGUAGAGAUAAAGUUCAAAUAAAAUAAGAAGAUCAUCAGCACAAUGAAGAAUCUAGCUAAAGAAAAUCUUCAAGCUAGGUUAAAUACUAACCACCAUCAACUAAAUUAAAUCUUGGUUCUACCAAAACUUAAGGAUUCAAUUCAACAAUGAAUGAAUCAUCUAAAAAUACUAGAUAGCCUUCAAAACUUAUCUAGCUUGAUCCUUUAUCAACAACCUCUAACUUCACAGAUAUUCAAAACUCUUAGCCCAUUGUUCCAAAUCUCAAGAAUAUUCCAGUCCUCAAGUGA